AUGACGGAAAAAAUUUCAUUGUCGCCAUUUGGAUUUUUUGGUACACGUAAUUCGUCUAAUACGGUACCAAAAGAUCACCCUACUGACAUUGUGAUUCAUAAAGAUAAAAAGCAAGAAACGCAAGAAACUUAUCAUGGAGACAUAAUGUUUGAUAUGAAACUUUCAGAGACAAUUCCUAUUAAAGAAGAAAAAAAUCUUAUAAUAUCAGAUAUAAUUUUUAGCGAUGGGCAAAUCCAUAUUCUAAAAGAUGCUAAUAAAAUAAGUUUAUCCCAAUUUGUUAAUAAACAUAAACUUCUUUAUGGAUGUUACUUUACACCCAAUAAGUUGAUUGAAAGAGUUCCUCAAAAACAAGCAUUUCAGCUUAAAGAAGGAAACACUGUUAAAAUAAAUAUGGUUGAUAAAGGUCUGGAGCGAAAUAAAAUGAAAUGUAAAAAGGGAAUUGAAGAAAUAUUUGCAAAAAAUUUUGUCUUAGAUGGCAAUGUCAACAUUCCUUUACCCUGGGCUCUUACUUCAUUAGAAUUUGGUAUUGAUAUUAAAAAUUCUAAUGAAGAGAAAUCAAAUAUGGAAGAAUCAUAUGAAUACACAUAUGUAAAUUUGGCCAAGUGUAGUAUAUUCAUUUCGCAUGAUGAUAUUGAGCCAACGAAAGAAUUUAUUGAUGCCAUUGAAAAUGCGCUGAAACAGCAAACAGUUGAACAAAAGUUGAAUGCAAUUAAAAUAAUAUCACAAGAGUUUGGAUUUAUCUGUAAAAUUCAAAAUCAAGUUGACUUACACAGCAAAACAUGUACUGAUUCUAAGGAAAUUAACUACGACGUCUUUUUAUCGUAUAACGCUAACGAAAGCUCAUCAAAUUCAACAAAUUGUGUUAGCGAGAAGUAUAGAGUAGUUGGAGGUGAUGAGACAAUUAUGCCAGGUAUUGAUGACACUGAAAACCAAAAGAAGUGGUUAAAAACAUUACGUCAUUUUGACAAAUGGAAACCUAUUAAUUAUUCAGAUAUCAUAAUAGUCUAUGAACUAUUGGAUAAUAAACUACAAGCACAAUUGCUAGAAUUACUUGGGCACGUGGUGCUUCAUUCUGGUACAAAUGAAGUAGCAUUUGACAACAAAAACAUAAUAGAGCCAAAAAAAAUACGAAUAGUUAUCCCAGAAAAUAUUCUUGAUAACAUGGAAAAUAAUCAUAUAUAUGCAACAAUUGAUAAUACCGAACACAUUCAUGAAAUUUUCUCUGUUCAUUUUAAAUCUCCGUUAACAUUUAUGCUGAAUAGUUACACUUUAAAAAAUCUGGUGCAAAGAUCUUAUGACAAUUUUGAACCAUGUUAUAUCGAAAAGAAUGUAGAUCAAGAUCCUUCCAAGGAAGUUGAAUGCCUCGAUUGUAAAGUUCACUUAAGCAUUAUCAACGCAAAACAAGAACGUAAUGAAAUGAAAUGGACAGAAUAUGAUGGGCAUUCAACAUAUAAAGGCAAAGAAUGGGAUAAAUGUUCUAUGGAAGGAAAUCUAUUUUUAAGCACUUUAUAUAAAAAAUACCCUGAAGACU